UGGCGAGAAUUUUUGGGAUGGACCAAACGGAAGCCAAUACAAAAAGAGUAGUUGGAACUUAUGGUUACAUGUCUCCUGAGUACGCGAUGUACGGCCACUUCUCCAUGAAAUCAGAUGUAUAUAGUUUUGGGGUCUUAGUUCUUGAGAUUAUAAGCGGCAUGAAGAACAGUAGUCUCUAUCAGUUGGAUGGUAGUGUUGGUAACUUGGUUACAUAUACUUGGAGAUUAUGGAGCAAUGGGUCGCCGUUAGAGCUUGUGGAUCCAUCCUUUGGAGAUAACUAUCAAAUAAAUGUAAUAACCAGGUGCAUCCAUAUCGCUUUACUCUGUGUUCAAGAAGAUGUUGAAGAUCGUCCAACUAUGUCAGCAAUCGUCCAAAUGCUCACUACUAGCUCGAUAGCUCUCGCCGUGCCUAAACAACCUGGAUUUUUCUUUAGGGGUAGGCAUGAUCGAGUAAGAGAAGUUGCUACAUCUGUGGAUAGGCUUGCUCCCUGUUCAAUCGAUGAUGCUUCCAUUACUAGCGUUGCUCCUCGUUGAAGACAAAACUAUAUUCACUAAAAUUAAGCUUGUGCUAUAUGCUUCCAUUGUGCUAUAUGAUUCUAGACUAUUAAGCUUGGACUAUGAACAAAGAUUCGUGUAAAUUAACAUGUCUUCCUAGUAA